AAGAGGUAACUCCAGUCAAAAUGAAGGCACUCAUCGUUCUUGCAGUUGUGGUUCUGGCAUGCCUUCGGCCUGGCUUUGGUGCUCUGGUUCUGAAAGGUCCAGCAGACCCCGUUCUGGAGGGAGAGGUUGUGUCUCUAGAGUGUGUGGACACAGAGAAUGAGUACAACAUGAGCAUGGUCCACUUUGAGAUGUACUCCAAGUACAUGGAGAAGUGGUACAAACUGGAAGAAGAGGAUGAACUAGGGUACUCCUUCCGCCGCUGGUGCUCUUACUGGUAUAGUACUAAUGUGAGACGUGAGGAUGGGAAACUGACUUUGUUGAUAAGCAGCAUGCAGACCCGUUACUCCGGCCCAUACCGCUGCACCCCCGAUGUCGCCAUGGCAACCCUGAACUCCUCCGAGCCUCUCUUUAUCCCGGUGCACUAUAUGCGAGAGAUUUCCGUGCGUAGGGAGGGUGUUAGCUCCUACAACCGUUACUUAACCUCCCUGGAAGACCUCCGAGUGUCUCUAGGUGAAAACGUGGAGGUGGAGUGCUCCGCCUCCUCCUCAGAGACUCCAGAGUACACCUGGAUGAAGGAGGGAGGAGACUGGAUUCUGCCUUCCAACAAGCUGAAACUGGACCAGGUGAGAGAACUGGAUGGAGGAAAGUACACCUGCACAGCCCGCCAUCCGAAUGUGAAGUCCCUCCUCAAAAGCCACACCAUCAGCAUCACUGUGCUGCCAGAGGACGCUCCAUGGUACGAAUCCACCAACGGCAAAAUCAUCCUCAUGACUUCUGCCGCGGGCCUGAUGCUACUGGUUACCGUCUUGUCUAUGACGGCCUUCCUUUGUCGCCGGGCGAAGAGGAGAAAGAGCAAGGGCCCUAUUGAUGACCGCUCCCAGAAGAAACCUAUCUAUACGGCCAGUGUGGAGUCUCUGCCCUCCACCACCGGAGACAAACAACCCCUGGUGUAGGAAGUGAGAUGGAUGGCGGAGAGCAGUGGAGAAGAUGAGGGAGUUGUGGGUUGGUGCGGAGUUGAGGGAGGAAGAGGUCACCAGAAGAGGAUAAGUGGUGGUUUUGAUUAUGGAUGGAGGCGGACAGGUGGGAAUGGAACACGUACACAGGGAGUCUUGGAUGAGCAGUGAGAUUAAAUAUAUUAUAUCUGUAAAAAAAAUGGGUUGUAUACAUGAUUGGUAUAAAUGAUUGUGUUUCUGAGGCCGUUCCU